UCUGAUUUUACCACGACGGCUAACAACAUUUGGUUUGAAUUAAGUGCAUUUUUAUUUUACCAUUCCGUUAAAGAACUCAUUCCAUCAAAUCAUGGACAUGCGAAACAACGAUCCCGGUGCUCUGCAAUAUGGAAAUUUCUUCAACUAUUAUCAAUUCAAUUCGGCCUCGGAGCGCGUGAAACUUCUACCCGAUAAAGAUGUAUGGUUACCUCCAUCAGAUAGUAAAGAGUCCCCCGGAAAUAGUCCCUAUUUCGUGCUGGAUGUCGGUUGCAAUUGCGGGGUGUUUACCCAACUACUAUAUAAGUAUCUAAAGGAAAAUCUUCAGAGACCAGUUAAAAUCCUAGGAGUCGAUAUAGACAAUCGCCUAAUUCAACGUGCUUUGGAGGAGAAUGAAUCCCCGGAAGAUAUAAGCUACGCCUGCGUGGAUGUUUUAAAUGAAGAGGCUUUUGAAACCGUAAAAGGUUACCUAGAGCUUAAUAAACGCCAGAAGUUCGACGUCAUUUGUUGCUACUCAAUCACCAUGUGGAUUCACCUGAAUCAUCACGACGAAGGCCUUCAAUUGUUUUUAAAGAAACUUUCUAACUUGGCGGAACUCCUGGUGGUAGAACCACAACCUUGGAAAUGCUAUCAAAAAGCAGAAAGGCGUCUGAAAAAAGCAGGAGAAACUUUUCCACUUUUCUUACAACUCAAUUGGCGAUCCGAUGUGGAGCUUCAAAUACAGAACUAUCUUGAAAAGUAUCUAGAUCGAAGAAAGAUAUUCGAAUCAACGCCCACGAAAUGGCAGCGAAAGAUCUGCUUCUACAGAUCCUGA